UCAUAAGCGUGGCAGAAAUACAGUAAGAGAUAUAUAUAAACAGAUCAUCGGUUCCAGUUCACGCACUUGGUCAUAUCAAAAUCCCACCUUUCAAUAUUUUUUUUAUUCAACUCGGAGGUGAUAGGUUAACUUCCGGAAACAUUAAUUAUAAUCUCCGAGCUUCCCGCGCGCAAAAUCCCCUGUCAUUUUAGGUAUAUAUACACCAAAACCGGGUGAAAAAAUUAUGAAACAAAUAUUCAAUACGAACCUUCAAGGACUUCGCUGAUUACGGUAGAUUGUGCUUGUUUUAUUGUUGUUAAAGAGAAGAGCUGGGUGAAACGACAUAUUUUAGAUAAGGUGAAUUUAAAUCAACAUGGAGCGCAGAGUAAAAUAUCUACUUGUGGUUAUCUUUGCCUCACUGGCAAUUGGAGCUACCCAAAUUUCAGGAAAUGUUUGUACCAAAAAGAUGGCAGAUGUCGUCUUUCUGAUGGAUUCGUCUUUUAGUGUAUGGGAGCAGGACUUCAAAAUGCAACUUCAAUUUGUUACAAGUGUUGUGGACAACUUCCAAAUUGGAAACGACAGUGUUCAAGUUGGUGUCUUAUCUUACAGCAGUGAAAUAAAAACUAAUUUCUUUUUGAAUGAAUACAGAGAAAAAGAAGACAUGAAGGAUGCUGUGGGCAAAAUAGAGUAUUUAGGUGUAGCUGGGACGGAUACAGCCGGGGCUUUGAAAUAUGCCCGAGAGGUUAUGUUUCACAAAAAACAUGGCGGAAGGGCAACGGCCUCCAAAAUUCUGAUACUAAUAACUGAUGGAAUGUCGCAGAACUCGAACGAAACUGUUAAACAGGCAGCUAUUACGAAACAGGCUGGGAUCAAUAUACUAGCUGUCGCCGUCGGUGCACCCAUAAUGAAGGAACUUGAGAUGGUUGCAAGCAACCCUGCCACAGAUUUUGUCUUUAAUGUCACCGACUUCAACUCUUUACCCAGUAUUGUGAAUUCACUCGCAACAACGACAUGCUUGGUGCCAGAUAUACCACGAGAUGGAGAAUCAACAAUAAAUAGUUCAGAGAUCGAGGAAAAAAUUAAGAAAUAUUGUGGAAACAAGCCGUCGGACAUUCUUUUUGUAGUUGACAGUUCUAGCAGUAUCUGGCCUCUGCAUUUUCAGGAUAUAUUGAAUUUCAUACAGAAAGUAAUCGGUCUCUUUGACGUCAACGAUGAUAAGAACAGGAUUGGGAUUAUUAUAUACUCUGAUGAGGUCACUCCGGUGCUACAUCUUGACAACCAGUUGAAUUCAAACGAACUAAAAAAGAGAGUAUCAAACAUUCAACAAUUGAAGGGAGGCACAGAAACAGGGAACGCACUUAAAUAUGCGAGAGAAAACGAAUUUAAAGGAAAAUACGAGAGAAAAACGGUAGCAAAGAAAGUGAUCAUAUUGCUUACGGAUGGACAGUCCAUUAAACCUAAGGACACAUUGGAAGAAGCAACACAGCUGAAAAAUGAAAAUAUCACCGUUUUUGCUAUAGGCAUCGGUAACAGAACGGAUAAAGAAGAAUUAAAGGCGAUUGCAACUAGUGCUCGCCAUCAAUACAGUCUACAAGAUUACAAUGCACUCUCCACUAUUAAAAACAUGCUUGUUGUAAAAACAUGUACUGUUCACUUUCAAGUUCAGGAUCCUACCAUUGAAGACAACACGGGAAGUGAAGAAACAUGCUGGGACAGCGCUAGGGACGUUAUGUUUGUAUUUGAUUCUCCAGUAAUUGGAGCUCACAAGACCAAAAUAAUUCGAAAAGCUAUUACCGAGAUGUUCAAACUUAUGCAAAUAGGUUCCAACAAGACAAAGGCUGGACUCCUAUCUCAUUACUGUCCGACAAAUUUAGACACAAGUUUAGAAGAAUUUCAAAAUGAGCAAUCUUUUCUGCUUGGUUUGAAACGUCAUCCAAACGAUGGAUUAAAGAGAUUACUUAGGAUUCUACGGACGCGCGGUUUUCAACAUAAAGAUGACAAGCCUGUCAAAAAAGUGGGAAUUAUUUUUGUAGAUAGAGAGGAGCACGAUUCUCAUGGCAUCAUCGAAGAAGCGCGGCGAACAGCGUUGAAUAGCAGACUUUUUGUAAUUACCAUCGGCAAUCGCGUGCCUUCCCAUACAGUAGAAUCUCUGUGCAGUGAUUUUAAGCAUCGGUGUGUUUUCCAUAUUUCUCAGUAUAACUCCUUGAUCCAAUACGUUCCUGACAUUAUGGACAUGGUUUGCUAUUCAUGAACUUUUUGAUGAAUUGUCUUCAUUAAUUAUACGUUAGAUAUUUUUUCUCAGCUUUAGUUACUGGCUAUACCAAUAUUUAUAAUCAUACUGCAACUACCUCUUCUUUUACAGUAACAUUUUAUGAUAGUUAAAGCCUUCUGUACAUCAAGUCUUCUAUGCAACAAGACGAUAAAUAAUUAAUUGUAAAGCAGUUUUAGAAAUUCUAACAGCUGAGUCUAGUCAAUCACCAGUAUAUAUAAAUAAAGAUUUCCCCUGUAUUCAUAGUGUAUCCGUCCAGCGAGUAUUAUUGAUAAUAUGGAAUAAGAUUUUAUUCAUUUUAGACUGCAAUCUUCUUUUCUUGCUUGAUGCAUGAAAUAUCUGUACAAUGUGCAUAUGUUUUUAUCUUGUGGUGCUAUGUAACAUAAACAUUUCAUUACUGUAAAUGUUAUUUCAUGAUUUUACAUUUCAUUUCGUCUCCCAAUCAGUUCUCAGUAUUGUAAUUCCUAGAAUUAAUUUAGUUUUUUAAUAUACAUUUAUAAUACUUUUGAUGAUUUUUUGCAUUAAAAACUUUGUUUCCAUAUUACUGUUCCAUUUUUAUC